AAAGUUUUCUCCUGUUGGAUUUCAAACGAAAACUUCGGGGUUAUGGACAGAACGCGAGCUCGCUGAGUUGCAGGGUUCGUUCGUUUUGGUCACCGGAACAACCUCGGAGCACAAUGUCUGAGCCUGAGCCGACAGACGCUGCGGGUCAGUCGAGGGCGGUGUGCACCGCGUGUGGGCGUCUGUACCGGGACCCGAGGCUGCUGCCCUGCCUGCACACCUUCUGCUGCGACUGCAUCGGCCGGCUGGAGCCCUUCUCCGCGCCCGCUCCACCGGACGGGCCGGGGGGGGAGGAGGGGGGCGCCGUCACGGUGCUCUGUCCCGACUGCGACUCGGAGGUGGAGCUGCCGCCGGCGGGACCGGCCGGGCUGAGCAGCGACCACCUGGCGCUGGACGACGUGUUGCAGGAGACGCUGGUGACGCGCGGCCCGCUGAGCUGCGACCUGUGCGGCGAGGGAGGCGCCGAGAGCCGCUGCGAGGUCUGCUGCGUGCAGCUGUGCGCGUUCUGCUGCCAGGCGCACCGGCGCCAGAAGCGAACGGCGGCUCACUCCGUUCAGUGUCUGGCCGAGCUGCGUUCCCGCGGCCGCCUCCGCCGCCCCGUCCUCUGCACCCUGCACCCGGGCCAGGAGCUGCGUCUCUUCUGUCAGCCCUGCGACCUGCCCGUGUGCCUGGAGUGCGCCGCCGCGCUGCACCGCGACCACCGCUGCUGUCCCGCGCGCGACGCCGUCGACCGCCACGGGGGCCGCAUCCGGGAGCUGGUCGCCGGGCGCCUGCAUCCACUCCGGGAGCGUCUGGAGGAGUCCCUGCAGAAGGUGGAGCUUUCCCAGGAGGCCCUGCAGACACGGGUCGAUGCCACGGCCAACGAGGUGAGGGCGUUUGCGCGAGGCUACGCCAGCGCCGUGGAGGCCCACUGCCUGUCUCUGCUGCGCCGCCUGGAGGAGCUGCGAGUCCAACGCAGGAACCAGCUCCACCUGCAGGGCGCUCAGCUGAAGCAGGCGCUGUCCGACGUGCGCGGCGGCGUGGAGUUCGCCGAGAGGCUGCUGAGCCGCGGGUCCGACGCCGAGAUCCUCAGCGCCAAGGGCGUGACCCUGAGGAGGCUGAGCGCUCUGGCGGAGGACAGCUACGACCCGCACCUGGCGACCGUCGCCCCCGACGACAUCGCCGCCAGCGGCGGCAGCAUCCGCUUCGCGCCCGCGGAGCCGGCGGGGGAGGUGGACGGCUACCCGGUGGUCGGGGUCAUCAGCGCCAAGACACUGGACCCCGCCAGGUGCACCGUGGACGGAGAAGGUCUGCAGCGGGGCAGCGAGGGCCAGCGGGGCCACUUCACCCUGGUGUGUCGGGACUCGGCCGGGGAGCAGAUGGCCCGAGGCGGAGAGCACGUCCUGGUCAGCGUCGUCCACAAGGACAAGAAACACUGCACAGUGGAGGCGACGGUGGUCGACAACGACGACGGCUCCUACGGCGUCUCGUACACGCCGGAGGAGCCGGGAAGCUACUCGCUGUGGGUUUGCGUCAAAGCUCAACACAUCAAGGGUUCCCCGUUCGCUCUGACCGUGGAGAAGAAGCUGAGGCGCCACGGCGGGACGUUCCACUGCUGCUCCUUCUGCUCCAGCGGCGGGGCCAAAGACGCUCGCUGCGGCUGCCCAGGGACCAUGCCAGGAGGAUUCAAAGGCUGCGGUCACGGUCACAGGGGACACCCCGGGAAGCCCCACUGGUCCUGCUGCGGCAGCACCGCCGCCGAGCGGGCCGAGUGUCUGCCCCCGCGCGGCCGCCUGCGGACCGUGGAGCUCUGAGGCCGCGCCGCGGGACCAGAGCUGGCUGUCGAAGGUGAUGGGAGCUCACGGCCGCAAGGAGGUUAGAGCAGCGGGGGGGCGGGGGAUCCAAGUCGCUGUGCGGUGGACGCCGCCGCUCGAGUAUUUUCACACUUCAUUGAGUUAUUUGUAGCCACAACAUCAACACUGUGUUCUCUGGAUUGCAAACCGUCCCGACUGGCCACACUGUCCCUGUCCGCGCCUUGGAGGCUCGGACCUCUGCCGGACACUUACUCUGGUAAAUCUUGGUCCAGUUGUGAGACAGUCGGCGGUUUCAGACACAAGACGAACACCGGCUGAUUUCUCUCGAUCCGUCCGGUAAAGUGCCUUGUUUCGUCUUUCUCUCGAAGCUGCUGUCAAAUUAAAAGGUGCUGACAUCAAUGUUUUAUAGCUUACAUGUAAAAAAACAACAACAAAAAAACAUCAAUAAUUAAUAAUCACCAGUGAUGAAUUUCAAUACUUCACAUUUGUUGUUGUAGUUUUUUAUCCUUCCAUCGAGGAAGGUAAACUUGAACGAUGGCUGCUCUUUGAAGGGGCCGCGAUCCCAUUAGUCUGUAGUCGUCCAUUUACGUUCUCGUGAAAGUUUAUUCUUAUUGUGGAGGAGUGAAGUGCGGUAAUGUCUUUUCCAAGAAUAUAACCCUGAGAGUCAUUGGAGCCCAGCAGAUCAAUCAGACGACAAAUAUGAUCAGCCGAUAUUCACGUGAGCCAGUACUGAGCAUGUCGUUGACAUUCGUACAGUCCAGCGAUUAUUACUGUAUAUUCGCUGCGGUGACAUGUACUGAUAAUUUCCCUGCUCUCCAAGAAUUCUACUAUUUACACACAUUCAUAGUCAAGAGCCCCCCCCCCCCGGAGGGGAAACACAAGGAGACCUCGGAGUCGGCUUGCUCUCAGAAUACAAAGUCAUUCCACAACACGAGCCUCCAAGCAGCCACGUAAAGCCUCUUCUGUAUUUACUGCACUCUGAAUAUGCCUUUUUAUUAUUUUCUAUAGAUUAAUAGCGAAGUCGAUUCAUAGAAACCCUUCACAUGAAUGACCUCUGACCUCGUCCAGUUGUGGUCCAAGAUCCUCUCAAUGACAGAGAACUUCUCUAACACUGAAUCUGUUGCUGCUGUUCACAUUUUAAAAUAUAUAUACAUAUAUAUAUGUAUAUAUAUAUGUAUAUAUAUACGUAUAUAUUUUUACGUUUGUCACUGACUGAACAUUAAUCUAUAUGUUGAAAAUCUUGAACCUGUUUCAGGUUCCGCAGGUUUUCUCUGGAAAUUAGUGCCUGUACAAUGAAAUAAACAUAUUUUUCAGUUUUGA